CGGGCUGACCCUCGCGCUUCCGCCCUCGCCCGCCUGGUCCACGGCCCCGCAGCCUGCGUCUGGCGCCCCGAGUCGGCGUCGUCCGAAGGCCGGAUGACGGGUGCCCGGCUGGUGCAGGCGGUGGACACCGAGCUCACCGCCGACUCGGUGGAGUGGUGCCCGCUGGACGGCCGCAGGCACCUGCUGGCGUGCGGCACCUACGAGCUGCGGAAGCCGGACGGCGGGCUCGGCGCCCAGAGCCAGAGUGGACUGGAUCCUGAUGAACCUCAAAUCCGUUUAGGUCGGCUCUACCUGUACAGUUUCCAUGAGGACAAUUUCACUCACCCCCUGGUUGAGGUGCAAAGAAGAGAUACUUCUGCAAUCCUGGACAUGAAAUGGUGCCACAUCCCGGUGGCCGGCCAUGCCCUGUUGGGCUUGGCAAAUGCCAGUGGAUCCAUAGAGCUGUUCCGCCUGGUAGGAUCUGAGGAGAGCAGGUUCGAACUACAGCCAUUAUCCAGCCUUGCCCUGGGGGAGCAUUGUCUGGCUUUGUCCCUGGAUUGGUCCACCGGGAAAACUGGAAGGGCCAGUGACCGUCCCUGGAAAAUCAUCAGCAGUGACUCCAGGGGGCAGCUCCACCUGCUGACGGUGGGCGAGACGGAGCCCAGUCUGCAGAAAGUGUCCUCCUGGCAGGCGCAUCACUUUGAGGCCUGGAUUGCUGCUUUUGACUAUUGGCAGACAGAAACCGUGUAUUCAGGGGGGGACGAUGGCCUUCUGAAGGGCUGGGACACCAGGGCACCCAGCAAGCCUGUGUUCAGCAGCGCGAGACACUGCAUGGGCGUGUGCAGCAUCCAGAGCAGCCCCCACCGGGAGCACGUCCUGGCCACGGGCAGCUACGAUGAGCACGUUCUGCUGUGGGACACUCGGAACAUGAAGCAGCCGUGUGCAGACACACCUGUGCAGGGUGGGGUGUGGAGGCUCAGGUGGCACCCUGUCCACCAGCACCUGCUCCUGGCGGCCUGUAUGCACAGCGGCUUUAAGAUCCUCGACUGCCACAAGGCGAUGGAGGAGAGGCAGGAAGCGACAGUCUUGGUGUCCCACGCGUUGCCCAACUCACUGGUGUAUGGAGCCGACUGGUCCUGGCUUCUCGUGCGUUCUCCACAGCCCGUCCCCUCGUGGUCCUGUCCUCAGAGCCACCCAGGAGCCAGAGCAGCAGACCUCAAGGUUGUAGGUGGGUUGCCAGCACCCUCUCUUGAACACAUAGUGGAUGACGACAGGGAGGGCCCUGCCAUACUCCACAGUGGCAUCGAGCUACUCACAGAGAACAAGAGGAAGACUGGCAUGGAACUGCACCCCAAAGCAGCCAAGCCCUGUGACCAAGACACGUACCCGGAAAGGGUGAACUCGGCUGUCAGCCUCCUGGCCACUUGCUCCUUCUAUGACCAUGCUCUCCACCUCUGGAAGUGGGGGUGACCUGGGCUCAAGAUCAUGAAGACCAUUCCCACAAGGAAACCAAGAGUGUGACUUUGUGAGGGAACUGCCCAUGGCUCGUUUGAGAUUUGUCACUGCAACCCUGCAGGCAACUGGACCAUCAGAACAGCCGCUGGCUCCCACACGGGGCCGUGGGGUUGGACCGGGUGGUGCUGUCUGGCUGUGAGUGGGGAAGAGACUUGGUUUCAGAGAACAGACUUGUUAGUGUCUCAGGUAGAUUUUGACUCUCAGCCCUUCAUACAUGUUCAAGCACCUAUGUAUGUUAAUUAAAUGAAGUUUAAGAAGAAAAAAAGUUACUUUAUAACAUCAGAAGUAAUUUCAAAUGAACACUUUAAAAGAUCACCUCAUUGUAGCACCAGAAGUGCUUGUACAGGUUUGGCAUCCCUAAUCCACACAUCCGAAAUUUUAAAUGCUCCAAAAUCGGAAACUUUUUAAAUGUAGACAUGUCUCCACAAGUGGAAAAUUCCAUACCUGACUUUGUGACAGGUUGCAUAUAUUAUUAUAUUAUUAAUAUAAUAUUUUCACAUAAUUAUAUUAUGUGAAAUGUGUAUAAGGUGUAUAUGAAACAACUGAAUUUCAUGUUUAAACUCAGAUCCAUCCCAUUCCCAAAAUAACUCAUUGUGUAGAUGUACAAAUAUUCCAAAAUCCGAAAGAAUCUGAAACUUGUAACCCUUGGUCCCAAGCAUUUCUGAUGAGGGAUGCUCCACCUGUAUUAGACCCCUGUGCAGAUAAACAAAAGGAAGAAAUAUAUGUAUGUCCUGAGUUGCGUUAGGGGGUCAUAAACUGGAAAUAUGUGAAGUCAGUGUGAGGCACUAAUGACUCCAUCAUUGUGGCAUUAAAAAAACUAUUUGCUUCUA